AUGGCAACGCCAGUUCCGGGCCAGUCGGUCGAUCUCGGUGUCUACGACCGUUUCCAUGUCCAUGCGCAGAUGGAACACUUGCAGACGAAGUACCAUGGUACUGGAGGCGCCGACACUUCGAAGUGGGAAUGGGCGACGAACAUCCACAGAGAUACGAUGGCCUCGCACGUGGGCCACUACACGCGUCUAGCAUACUUCGCCCUCUGUGAGAACGAGCCGGUGGCCCGGGUGCGCUUCAACUGCCUUCAGGCCAUGAUCCAGCCUUGUGGAAAGCCUCCUCUGAAGGCAGAUGACAUGGAGGACUAG